GGCGGCCGCUCCUCAGGCUGCGAUAAGCUUCUUCCGCUUCCCAUUCUCUUGCCAGAAUCCGUUUUCAGCUUUUAAAGGGUGGAUUGCAGCAGCAGCAGCAGCGGAGAUAAUAUUCAACCAGAUCCUCAGUUUAAAGAAGAGCUGUUUCCUGACCGAUCCUUGUUCUUUAAGAGCUGGGUUGAAUUCAGAUUCUUAAAGAUAGGGAGAAACAGCGCCCGCACGAAGAAAGAGAAUUAGAGAAUACUGUAUUGGCUAUAGUUCUAUUAGUGCUAUUUUCGCCAUUACAAAAUCGACUGGGGUAGAGACAUUUGGAUAGAAAGAUGACGGCAACCUGUGGUUUUAGGUGAUUUAAGAUUUACAUCAUGCGCGAAUAUAAACUAGUAGUUCUUGGUUCGGGAGGUGUUGGGAAGUCUGCAUUGACUGUACAGUUCGUUCAAGGAAUAUUUGUUGAAAAAUAUGAUCCAACGAUAGAAGAUUCCUACAGAAAGCAAGUUGAAGUAGACGCACAACAAUGUAUGCUUGAAAUCCUAGACACAGCAGGAACGGAACAAUUUACAGCAAUGAGAGACCUCUACAUGAAAAAUGGUCAAGGAUUUGCUUUAGUUUAUUCCAUCACAGCACAAUCCACAUUUAAUGAUUUGCAGGAUCUACGAGAACAAAUUCUUCGAGUCAAAGACACUGAUGAUGUUCCAAUGAUUCUGGUUGGCAAUAAGUGCGACUUGGAAGAUGAACGAGUUGUGGGAAAGGAACAAGGACAAAAUUUAGCAAGGCAGUGGAAUAAUUGUGCAUUUUUAGAAUCUUCUGCAAAAUCAAAGAUAAAUGUUAAUGAGAUCUUUUAUGACCUUGUGCGACAAAUUAACAGAAAAACUCCUGUGCCUGGAAAAGCACGCAAAAAGUCAUCAUGUCAGUUACUUUAAUACAUGUAUGUACUGUAGCACUGAGCCAGGUCUGAAGAACUGUUGCCGACUACAACAGUGCCAGCAUUCCAACUUUAUUAAAACUACCAACAUCUUAAAUGGACUUUCCUGUGGUGGUACCCUUAUAAAAUGGAUGACAGCUACAUCAGUUUGCACAUUCUAAUCACUUUCCAGUGUCACAAGAGAUUUUUAUGUAUACAUAAUCUAAGUGUAUGCAACUGGUAAAACCAGAGCCUACAUCCAGUAUUACCAGUGAGAGACAUUGUUCAUCUACCAAUGUUGUACAUGUAUGAAACCUGUACUGUAUACUGCAACAAACCCCAUACUUCCUAUUGGAGAGUACAAUAAUGUAAAUCAUAAAAGCACCACUAUUUUAGCAUAAUAAAAGAAAGUCCAAAGAGCUCCUAUAUAGACUACUCCAGAUAACUUUGCUUCAUUGGUAUUUGUAGCUUAUUGUAACUUUUUUAAAAAAAAUACAGGAUCAUCAUUGUAUUGUACAAAAGCGCUUUGAUUAACACAACAGCUAUAUAGUUUUUUAAUUUUAGGAUAAAAAAAAAAACCUGUGGAGACAGUGAACUAGUGUCUUUAAAAUGAGUCCUUUCAGUAUAAUGUCUGUCUAAAGACAUUGCCUUUAAUAUCUGUUGGGAAGGAAAUGUCCAGAUUUUUCAACCUUUUAUCGUAUGUUUCCUUUUCCUUGUUUACAUAGGGAACAAUGUUUAUAGUUGUGUAUACAGUGGGGGUCUACAACAAGAAGUGUAUAUUUUAAAACAAUUUUUUAAUGAUUUAACAAUUUUUUGUAAAUCAUUUUUGGGCUUCUGCAGCUGUAGAUUCUCACUGUGAAUUCCCUUGCUUGCUCAUGCAUAAGUGUAUUUGCAAUACCAAAUAUACAGGUUUAGUACUUUUGCCUGUUAGUGAUUGUUUUACAUGUGUAACGUUUUGGUUGAGAUGUUAAAUGGUGGACGAGUACUGUGGAUGUGAAUGUGGGAAGUAAUUUUAAUCAUGUGUAAUUGGUCCCAAGGCCUAAGUUGCAGUAAUUACCUUUUUGCAGAUUUAUUUAACAAUGCCUUGUUGCUUUGUAUGCAUUGUUUGGGUGUAAAGAUUGCGUGUAAAAUCCAACAGGGAGCCACAGUAUUUAAAUUGACAACCUAAUGUUACAACUGCUUUGAGGUGGCCAAAUGUAAACUAAAAGCCUUAAUUAAAAGUGGUGCAAUUUUGUAUGACUUAGCAUCAGUAGUUCAAUAAAUUUGGAUUGCCAUGCAAGGGCUUGCAUUACAA